AUGAAAGGAGGCAGGCGUACCCAUCAACAUCACUUGUCAGAAUCGAAAUUGAAUCGGAUCCUAGAAUACAGUCAGCGUUUGCAGCAGCAAUUGGAUAUGCCACGAAUACCUGUCAGCGAAGCAUCCAACAGUCUCAUUGAUUUUUGCAACACAACGCAUGAUCCGCUGGUUCCUUCAGUGUGGGGUGUGAUUGAUCGAGCCAAUGAUCCAUUUGCCCCUUCUCGAAAGAAAAUCCUAUGUUGCAGUGUCAUGUAA